UCUUAUUACUUACUCAGCCAAUUUAAAUUCAAACAUGGUGACACCAGAAAAAAAGAACCUCUCAACAGCUUUAAAUGCCAGGACCAUACAGUCAUCAUCGUUAGGGACCGAAACCAUAAUUUUAUGUCACGGAUUUGGAACAGACCAAUCGAUUUGGGACAAAAUCAUUCCUCUUUUGUUAGCUGAAAAUUACAGUAUAGUUUUGUUUGAUUGGCCGUUUUCUGGAGCUGUUGAAGAUAAGAGCCUGUAUGAGCACUCCAAAUACACAUCCUCCUUUGAAUCUUAUGCUGAUGCUUUUAUCACUGUUAUGGAUGAGAUGGGUCUCAAAGAUAUCAUUUUUGUUGGGCAUUCCAUGGCUGCUAUGAUCGGUUGCAUUGCCUCCACUCAAAGACCUAACUUAUUCAAGAAACUCGUUCUUCUUUGUGCUUCCCCAAGGUACAUAAAUGAUGAGGACUAUGAAGGUGGGUUUGAGAGGGAAGACGUUGAGCAGUUAAUAUCAACAAUAGAGGUGCAGUUUGAAGACUGGGUUUCAGCAUACGCUCCAAUUGCAGUGGGUCCCAACGACUCUGACGCCGUUGACAAAUUUGGAAGCUGCUUGAAAAACAUGGGCGCACAAGUGGCGGUGUCCUUGGCCAAGACCGUGUUUCAUAGCGACAACAGAAAGAUACUGCAAAACGUUGAGACGCCAUGCACCAUCAUUCAGUCAAGUAACGAUGCCGCCAUUCCGGUGAGCGUAGGGCACUACUUGGAGAGGAUGAUCAAAGGGGUCUCUGCUUUGAAGUUCAUAGACAUGACUGGCCAUUUCCCUCAGCUUACUGCACCCCAUAAGCUGGCUCAGCUGCUCAAAGCUGUUGUGGAGUUUGGUCAUCCACAAAUUUAAAUCCCGCUAGGGAGCCAA